AGCAGAAUUAUUAUAUUUUUCUAUAAACUAGAUGGUUCUAUCUUUUUGAUUUUAAUUAUUGUUGAAAGGAGAGGAAGAAUGAUUUAUUUAAUAAAAAAGUAAAACAAUUAAUAAUAUAAUGUCACAAGCAAAUAACUUUGUAAUUGGAAUAGAUUUAGGAACUUCAUACUCAUGUAUAGUGUUUAUAUAAAUCAUAAAGUUCAAAUAAUAGCAAAUUAUUCACUCCCUCAUAUGUUUUCUUUUCAGAUAAUGAAAGAUUGAUUCAAGAUGCAGCAAAGAGGUAAGCAACAAGGAAUCCAAAAUAUAAAUAUUUGAUGUCAAAAUGAUU